AUGCCUAGUCAAUAUUACCCACAAGCACAGUUUGUGCCUCUCUCGCCAAAUUUUGAGUUGGAAAAACUAGUUGCGAGCUCCAAUAACUUUAGUUAUGCUGCAAGAAUAUCAAUAGAUCAGCUAAAGCAUCAUCCUAUCCAAAGUCUUGAAGCCUUGGUGUCGGCUGUAGUAAUUAAGGGCGGACGACCACUAGUCAUUGAGAACUGGGGAUCAAGUUUACCCACCACAUUAUUCAGUACAAAAUGGCUAGAGGAAAAUAUUGGGACACAAGCGGAGAAUGUUCGCGAUAUUUCUAAUGAAACCGAUAUUCACAUGACAGUUGGCCAUUACUUAAGGUCCAUGAAUCAAUUGACCAAACAGUUUACUUCAUCAAAUUAUCAAAGUACUAGGCGCCAGCGAUUGUACAUGAAAGACAUAGACUGUCCAGUUGCAUGGGCGGAACAUCUUCAAAAUAUUCUUCCAGGAUGUGUUAACUAUCUGAACGAUAACAUCGACUCUAAAAUUAACGGGCUUAAAGAAAUCGAUGACAGCAUCGAUGAAAAUAGUCAGGACUGCUCCAAAGAGAGUACUGCCAUAGCUGGCGAUUUGAUGUCAAGUCUUCCCCCAGAUAUGCGCGCUCAGAAUUUGAUGUGUUACAUUGGUCACGAAGGAACUUAUACUGCGAUCCAUCAAGAAAUGUGUGCUACUCUAGGGCAUAAUAUAAUGGUUGAAGCAUCGAAAGACGAAGGAAACGAGCAAGAAGGUAGUUCUAUAUGGUUUAUGACCGAGACGAAGGAGCGAGAGGUUGUCUCAGAAUAUUUUUUAUCCAUACUUGGUCAUGAUAUUGGGGUAGAAAAGCAUUUUGCUCAAGUAAACGCAUGGAAAAAAGCACCCUUCAACGUUUGGAUCGUCGAACAAAGAGUAGGCGACUUAAUUUUAAUUCCUCCCCUAGCUCCACAUCAAGUCUGGAAUCGUGGAACCCGUACAAUGAAGGUUGCUUGGAAUCGAACAACCAUUGAUACUCUUGAACUUGCACUUCACGAAGCCCUUUCGCGAUGUCGAAUGGUUUGUCGAGACGAGCAAUAUAAAUGCAAAGCCAUUAUAUAUUACACCCUCGUCAAAUAUCAUGAUUUUCUACUACGCGACUUACUAUCCGAAUCGAUGUGGCAGAAUAAGCGAACGAAUCAAUUCCUUGAUGAAUUUCAAAGGCUCUUUUAUUUAUAUCAAGAGAUCAUCAUUAGUGAGAUGUUCUCACCCAAUUAUCCACAGGAGGAAAAUGUCGAAAUGAUACCUUUUGGCUACAAUAUAACCUGCUCUUACUGCCGCUGCGAUAUAUUUAAUAGAUUUCUUACUUGCAAAAAAUGUAUUGUCUACGGUCCAAAUGGCAUGGAAGAUACAUAUGAUAUUUGCAUGGAUUGUUACGCUAUGGGUAGGUCGUGUGCGUGCAUUUCAAACUUAAAAUGGGUUGAACAAUGGGAGUGGAAAAUAUUAGAAGAGAAUUAUGAGCUUUGGCGGACUAGCAUUAUAAGAUGUAAUGGCGACUCAGAUGACAUAAUUUCUCUUCAACCACUGCCAAACGCAUUCCUAAAUUACAAGAAAAAAUCAAUAGCUGAAGUUUGUCAGGAACAGUUGAGAAUUCGACCUAGUACACACGAAAAUAUAACAAAUAUGUCCCCAAAUCACUAUGAAAGUGAAACAGAAAGUGACGAUAAAAGCUGGAAAAAUGUGCCAUACGUCAAAGAAGAAUUUCAAAUUGUCAAUCUAGGAAAAAAAAGGCGUAGGUCAACAAUAGAAAAAACGCACCGCUGUCAUGUCUGCCUGUAUCAUCACUGGAGCUGGAAGCUAGCGUACUGCAGCACUUGCACCCUUGCAUAUUGCUAUGGUGUUCUAUGGCGAGCGUUUGACUUAAUGCCUCAGACAGUCAUGGAAAACAAGAAAUGGCAAUGUCCCAGGUGCCUCAAGAUUUGCUGCUGUGGAAAAUGUCGGAAGUGUCGAACACAGAAGCCAUACCAACAGAAGGGAACACAACUUGGACAUGAUACUAGAAAAGUGGCAGAUCAUAGGAGUGUCGAAAUUCUUGUAGAUUUUUCCAAACCAAACAUGUCAUGGUUACGUAAUGACCCACAUAACCCUCAAGAUUCGAUUCGAAUUAAGCGUUUGAAAGAAAAAGCAGAGUCUACUAAAUCUCAAGAAAACUUUGCCUUAGACAAUUAUCUAGUAGGACAUAGUGGGCUCGAGUCGCUAAAGAAUAUGGAUGACUUUAGUUCUUUAACAGCUAAUAUGAACUAUAUCGAUCCAUUUCUACGCGAUUUAACGGCACCUGAAUCAAUUGGCUCUGUCAAAUGA